CCCACCCAACACCACACUACAACGGCAACAGUAGUAGUAGUACCUGAUUAUCCAUCCCUAACAAAUCCCACUUCCCCACACACGCCAAAAGCCUCUCCUCUCCUUUCCUCCUCCUCCAGUCCUCCUCACUGUCCGUCCCAAGAACCACUCGGUGCAGCCGCCGCCGCCGCCGCAGCCAGUGCCAUUGCAAGAAUCGCGAGGGGGUAUUGAGGUUGGGCGGCGAGAUGAGCAUGUACGGGAGGGACCCGUGGGGCGGGCCGCUGGAGAUAUGCCACGACUCGGCGACGGACGACGACCGGAGCCGGAACCUGGACCUGGACAGGGGGGCGCUGUCGCGGACGCUGGACGAGACGCAGCAGAGCUGGCUGCUGGCCGGGCCGGGGGACCAGGGCCGGAAGAAGAAGAAGUACGUCGACCUCGGCUGCCUCGUCGUCAGCCGCAAGCUCUUCGUGUGGACGGUCGGGGUGCUCCUCGCCGCCGCCGUCUUCGCCGGGCUCGUCGCCGGCAUCGCCAAGGCCAUCCCCAGGCACCACCGCCCGCCGCCGCCGCCGGACGACUUCACCGUCGCGCUGCGCAAGGCGCUCAUGUUCUUCAAUGCCCAGAAAUCUGGAAAGCUUCCGAAGAACAACAAUGUGCAUUGGCGUGGUAACUCGUGCAUGAAGGACGGACUCUCGGAUCCGGCAGUCGGGCGCAGCCUCGUCGGAGGGUACUACGACGCCGGCGACGCCGUCAAGUUCAACUUUCCAGCUGCCUUCUCCAUGACCCUCCUCAGCUGGAGCGUCAUCGAGUACAGUGCUAAAUACGAGGCAGUUGGGGAACUUGGCCAUAUCCGUGAUACCAUCAAGUGGGGGGCCGAUUACUUCUUGAAGACCUUCAACUCAACGGCGGAUACCAUUGAUCGUGUCGUUAUGCAGGUGGGGAGCGGUGCAACAUCACCCGGUUCGACUCAACCGAACGAUCACUAUUGUUGGAUGAGACCAGAGGACAUUGACUACCCUCGCCCAGUAGUUGAGUGCCAUGCUUGUUCAGAUCUUGCGGCUGAGAUGGCUGCAUCAUUGGCAGCAGCAUCAAUUGUGUUCAAGGACAAUAAGGCGUACUCGCAGAAGCUGGUACAUGGUGCUACCACCCUCUUCAAGUUUGCAAGGCAAAACCGUGGAAGAUAUAGUGCAGGUGGUUCCGAUGCUGCAAAAUUCUAUAACUCAACCAGCUACUGGGAUGAGUUUGUAUGGGGUGGUUCAUGGAUGUAUCUCGCAACCGGCAAUUCAUCGUACCUGCAGUUGGCAACACACCCCAAGCUUGCAAAGCAUGCUGGUGCUUACUGGGGUGGUCCAGACUACGGUGUAUUCAGCUGGGACAAUAAGCUUACUGGUGCACAGGUUCUUUUGAGCCGGUUAAGGCUCUUCUUAAGUCCUGGUUAUCCAUAUGAAGAGAUCCUCAGGACAUUCCACAAUCAAACAAGCAUUAUUAUGUGCUCUUAUCUUCCAAUUUUCAAGUCUUUCAACAGGACAAAAGGUGGUUUGAUCCAGUUGAAUCACGGGAGGCCACAACCUCUUCAGUAUGUGGUGAACGCUGCAUUCCUUGCUUCUUUGUACGGUGACUAUCUUGAGGCUGCAGAUACCCCUGGCUGGUAUUGUGGGCCCCAUUUCUACCCAAUUGAAACUCUGCGCAAUUUUGCAAGAACUCAAAUCGAAUACAUCUUAGGAAAAAAUCCUUUGAAGAUGAGCUAUGUGGUUGGUUACGGAAACCGUUACCCUAAACGUGUUCAUCAUCGGGGUGCCUCGAUCCCAAAGAAUGGUGUCCACUACGGUUGCAAAGGAGGUUGGAAGUGGAGAGAAACCAAGAAACCAAACCCUAACAUCAUCGUCGGAGCGAUGGUAGCUGGCCCUGAUCGCCACGACGGCUUCAAGGAUGUUCGCAAGAAUUACAACUACACGGAAGCAACUCUAGCUGGCAAUGCCGGUCUAGUUGCAGCAUUAGUAGCAUUGUCAGGUGAAGGCCAUGGCGUGGAUAAGAACACUAUGUUUUCUGCCGUGCCGCCGAUGUUCCCUUCGCCCCCACCGCCUCCGGCACCAUGGAAACCAUGAUUGGCUGCCACUAUCUGAUUCUGAUUCAUUUUGUAUACGGCUUAUUUAGAUUAGUGUUUUUCUCCCUUGUUCUGGAAAUGCUGGGGGAAACCUAACAGAAAAGAAGGCGUCAGGUUUUUAUCUUUGUUUCUCCCAUUGUUGUAUACUUGUAUAAUCCCCAUGUUAUGUAACACUAUUGCUGUUCUGGUAUGAACCUAGUAAUUAAUACUAUCUUUCCUCGUGGAUUUGUGGGAGUUAGAUUUUUAA